AUGCUACACACUGUUAAGCAGGCCAGAAAUAAUAUCAUGAGCUGGAAAGCCCACCAGUUGCGCUCCGUUCACCAAUAUCAGGCCAAAUGUUCUGUUCUAGCUAAAAUGAAGAGCAAAUGCGACGUGUUACUAGCGCAGGAUUGGGCAAUGAAAUUUAUGCCACGAAAAUUUCGAGAGCCGCAAUCAGACUGGUUUGCUAAGCGCGGUUUACCAUGGCACAUAACAGUUGCUAUUAGGAAGUCGGAAGAAGGCGAGCAGUUUGAGUCUCAAACAUUCGUACAUGUCUUUCAGAACUGUUUACAAGACAGUGCUGUAGUGGUAUCGAUAAUGCAGGAUUGUCUUGUUUCGCUGAAGAAGGAAAUGCCGGAAUUAGAAAGGGCGUUUUAUAAACAAGAUAAUGCCGGCUGUUACCACAGCGGAUACACUAUCGUUUCAGCAAAAUUUGCAGGCGACAUUGCUGGCGUGGGCGUGGAACGGAACGACUUUUCCGAUCCUCAAGGUGGAAGAGGAAUAUGCGACCGCCAAGCAGCGACUAUUAAAGGAGACAUUGGAAGAUAUGUAAACGAGGGCAAUGAUGUGACAACAGCAAUUCAGCUCAAAACAGCCAUAGAGUCUGGUCCAGGAUCUUGCGCUAAGGCUAGUUACGUUACAUUCAACCCAUCAAGCACUCGGCACGUCAAAUGGGAUGGUGUAAGCUUACUCAACAACUUCAAGUAUGAGGAGAACGGAAUACGAGCGUGGAGGGCAUUUAAUGUGGGUCCUAGAAAGUUGCUACCGUGGUCUCAGUUUGAAGGAGUUUUGCAGGUCCCGGAAACUCUUGAAGUGGUUGACUUCAUUUCCCAUCGCAGAAAUUAAGUACUAAGCCAUCUUUCAAGAAGGUGAGACACAGACAUGUAUAUAAAAAAUCUGCAAGUGAUCCAAACGCAGCCAGUGAUGCCAAUAGCCGAGAACAAGAUGAUGAUGGUGAAAACGAGCAAGCCUCGCCACUUUUCCCAUGCCCCGAGGAAGGGUGCAUUAAAGCAUACAGCCGCUUUGUAUCAUUUACAAGCACAUCUAGACACGGGGAAACACAAGCGACUACCUGA